AUGCAAAUAGCAUGUCUACUCGGAUGGACGAGAAAAAUGCUUAACCCUGGCCAGCGAAGGCCCUUUGCAAAUCAGCCAAAGGCUUACGGCCCAGGUCGACCUGUCGAAGAGGAAACGCUCCCAGCUUAUGAUCCGGAAGAAUUUUACCCGGUUCAUAUAGGCGAUGUAUUCAAGGGAAAGUACAGAGUGCUUGGUAAACUUGGAUUUGGGGCCAACUCAACCGUUUGGCUUUGCCGCAACGUUGAGGAGCGUGACUAUGUUGCUCUCAAAGUAUACACAAAGACGCCUACGCAGCGGAUGAAUCGGGAGAUCGUGGCCUACAGUUAUCUGAGAUAUUCACGCUCAUCGCAUGCUGGGAGACUGCACGUACGAGAACUCCUUGAUUCAUUCGAGCUUGUACGGCCUGGUGGAAUCCGUCACCAUUGUCUUGUUCAUCCACCGCUUCAGACAACACUCUGGGAUUUACAAAGACCCGGAGGAAAACCUACAGCUCUACCGCAGGAUAUGAUCAGAAGUGUAUCCCGGUAUCUGCUCCAGGCAUUGGAUUACCUCCAUACAGAAGUCAAUAUCACACACUGCGAUAUUAAACUCAGUAACCUUAUGUUGACCAUAGAGGAUACGAGUGUCCUCGCAAAUUUUGAGGAAGCCGAGCAGAAAAAUCCAUGUCCGCGUAAGGUGAUAAAUGAUGAAAGAACAAUCUACGCAUCUCGAAACUUUCAGCAUCCCAGGAACCAUGCUUGGGGUUACCCCGUUCUCUGUGAUUUUGGGGAGGCUCGGAUCAGAGGCUCUUACCAAUACGAAGAGAUACAACCAGAGGUCUACAAGGCCCCUGAGAUUAUCAUGCAGACAGAUUGGUCGCAUAGUGCUGACAUAUGGAAUACAGCAUGUGUGAUCUGGGACAUGAUAGAGAAUAAACAUCUUUUUGACGCCCAAGACGAUGAAGGCUUCCACAACAACAGACACCAUGUUGCAGAGAUGACUGCAUAUUUGGGCAUCCCACCAAAGGAGUUCCAACAACGCAGCCCAAACACACCUUUAGUAUUUGAUGAAGAAGGAAAUUGGAAAGGAAACCCUCCGCUUCCUCCGCUCUCGUUAGAAGACUCUGAGCAACAUCUUGAGGGGACGGAUAAGCUAGCGUUUCUGAGCUUCAUGCGCUCAAUGUUGACCUGGCUGCCAGAGAAGAGGAGGAGCGCUAGGGAGCUACUGAUGGACCCUUGGUUGAAUCACGAAUCGACGUCGCAAGGUCAACGGGGCCACAGCUAA